AUGACCUUCUACGUCGCGCCCAGCCAGCAGCGCACUCUCCGCGCCUGCAUGGUCUGCUCGCUCGUCCAGCUACAUAGCAAAUUCAUGCGCGAAGGGUGCCCGAACUGCGACAACGUCCUCGGCCUCCGCGGUAACAACGACAACAUCCAAGAAUGCACCUCGCAGGUCUUCGAGGGCCUGGUCACUGUGAAUGACCCGGGAACAAGCUGGGUUGCUCGCUGGCAACGACUGGACAGUUAUGUGCCUGGGACGUAUGCAGUCAAGGUUACGGGGUCGCUUCCUACAGAAGUUAUUGGGCAUUUAGAGGACGCUGGGAUAAAGUACAUUCCGAGGGAUGGAAGUACGGUUGAGGAAGAGGGCUGA